UCAAACUUCCUGCUUCAGUCGCUGCUGCGGCACCUCUGAAGUUUUUCUCCAGUUCAUGAGGAAAGAAGUAUAAACAGCGGAAACCAGCUUCACUUCAUGGAACAAACUUUAAGAAAAUCAACGGAGACAUUUCGGAAUCUAUGAUUCCUCCAAAAACAACGAUAUUUAUAAAUCCACCGCCAAAUCCUGAAACAUGGAGGACCCACACAGACCUCAGCGUAAGAUGUCAACAGCAGGAGACACCUUGUACAAAGUCCUGGGCCUGGAGAAAGGAGCAUCUCCAGAAGAAAUUAAAAAGGCAUACAGGAAACUGGCGUUGAGGCAUCACCCGGAUAAGAAUCCAGACAACCCAGAAGCUGCUGAGAAAUUCAAGGUGAUCAACAACGCCAACUCCAUCCUCAGUGAUGAGAACAAACGGAAGAUCUACAACGAGUAUGGAUCAAUGGGGCUCUACAUGUCGGAGCAGCUUGGGGACGAGGGCGCCAAAUACUACGUCCUCAUGUCUAAGUGCUGGUUCAAGGCCUUUGUGGUGUGCUGCAGUAUUUUCACCUGCUGCUGCUGUUUCUGCUGCUGCUGUUUCUGCUGCGGGAAAUGCAAAACAGCAGAACAUGAGGAAGAUUUCACCUAUGUGGACCCUGAGGACCUAGAGGCAGAGAUCAGAGAACAGGAUGCAGAAGGAGGCCAUGUAAUAAUUAUUCAGCCGAGCCCUAGUGCCGCCACUGACAAGUCAGGUGAGAAUGCACCGAUUGUGAUUCAGCCUCAUGCGAGCAACGGCACCUCGGAGCCCUGGUCCACCCAGCCGGCACAGUCAACUGAGAAAUGAGUGGAGUCCUUCAGAGUCUGGACUGUGUGAUAAAACCACCUUGUCAUCAACGGCUGUAUUGAUCAUUUUCAAAGUGGCUGAUGAUGAGUAUAAAUUAUGGGUUUGAAUGUGGUUGUUUUGCUCAGAGGGUUUGUUCUGCUGAGAUGCAGAAAACGCAUUAAUCUCAGAGGCUUAUUUGUUUAAAUGAAUCAAGCAGCGAUUUGAUUGUGCUGUAGUUGUUUUUUUUUAAGUGCCAUUGGGUUUGUCUUUGAUCCAAUCUAAUAUUUAUUUUUUUAACUUUUCAUUUUUGAAUAUUGGGCAGUAUCUGUACUGCAGUGACAAAUGACAAAGCCAUGCAGAUCAAAGCUCUGGAAUUUUUUUUUUUCACGUGCACUUUAAUAUCUCAAGUUCAUGUUUAACAUCCUAAAGCUGCCGCGGUCUGAGAACAUUUUGACUCAAGGUGGCUCUUAAGUCGAAAUGUUUUAAUAAUUUUUUUUUAUGCAACAUAAUAGGCUAGUAGAAUAAUAGAUUAUUAGAUGCCAACCACUUGGAGAGUUACGAGGUGAAGUGAUGUAGAUUUCCAUUCAUAUUCCUCAAAUGUAAAGUAUAUUGUGACUAAACCAAACAGCGUAUUUUAAAUGUUUGGAUGUCAACUGUGUCCACUGUUGCGUAUUUGACAGACAGCCUGUAAAUAGCCCAAUGAGAAUUAAUAAAGUAAUGAUGGCAUAACAGGAAUAAUUCAACAUUUUGGAUAAUACGCUUAUUCACUUUCUUUCUGAAAGUUAGAUGAGAUUCCCACGUUGACGACUCUUCACAUCAUUGGGCAACUCAAGACAGUUGUAUGAUUGCAGAGUUGGCCAUGUGAGUCUUAAAAAAUACUGUGAAUUGACAAUAUAGCAACAUAUUCAUCAAGUUGGGUUUAAUCGCCUUCAACAGAAGACAUGAGAGGUCCACAUUUGUUUGAUUUUAAGGCACCUCCAUGUUAUCAAGCAUCAAAUUGGAUAUAAAUCCAGAGUUUUGUAAUUAUGACUUGGUUUGACUGGAGUAGUAUUUCCAAGCUGGAAAUACAAAUAACUCCGAUAUGACAUGAACGCAACAUUAAAUAUGGAGCUGGAUCAGGGAGGUGAUUAGCCUAGCUUAGCAUAAAGACUGGAAGCAGGGGGAAAAAGCUAGCCUGCUUCAAAAAUUAACUUCUUAAUGCCAACUUUCUGGAGUCUGGUCAUCACUUUUUCAGUUUUUCAACCUGCGUUAUAGUCCUGCACGGAAGUACUGGGCGGAUGGAUAUUUUGUUGUUUGACAAGAACUAGUUCCAGCAUGUAAACGACAUACGUGUUAAUUAGUGAGCUUUAGAGGAGUUGAUAGGUGGAUUUUUUUUAACUUCGGACAGAACCAGGCUAGCUGUUUCCAGUCUGUAUGCUAAGCUAAGCUAAUUGCCUCCUGGAUCCAGCUCCAUACUAACAUAACGCACAGACACGAGAGUGGCAUCAGUCUUCUCAUCUAACUCUCGUAAAGAAAGCGAAUAAGCAAAUUUCCCAAUACAUUGAACUAUUUCUUUAAAUAGUACUGUUCACUGUACCUGCACAUAAGGUGACAUCAAGAAAAAACAAGGGGGUGAGUCAUUUUUACUGAUAAAGCUCCCACAAAUCGUCUGAUAUUUUAUUAAAUGCUUUUCCUAACACUAAGCCUGAAACUAAAACCAACAUUAAUUCACUCGAAUACAAGACAAGUUACUGAGAUUGAUUUAUUGCCAAAUUUUCCGGUUUCCCUGUUUGAUCUGGUGACGUGAUCCAGAUAAUCCAGAUGUGCCAAGGCCUUCUUUAAAAGACAAUGAUCUCUCUGCGGUGUGUGAGAUGAUAUAUUGCAUGUAUGUAUUGUUAUAUUAUGCUCAAUACAGGAAUCGUGUUUUUUUUGUAAAUUCAGAGAUAUAUUUUUGAUUGGAAGUUUUAUGACAAAUUGAGUGUAUAUUAGGAUAACGCCUUAAAUUAUGCCAUCGUUCAUCAUGUUUACAUAAUAUUUUUUUAUUUCUGCUGGGUGGAGGAAUGUUGGGUUUGUGUUUUUAAAGGGGUUGCAUUUUGUACAAAUGUAACAGUAUGUGAUCAGCAUUUUUAGCAUUUGAUGUGUUUUUCUUGGGUGACCUUUACAGAUAGUCUAACAGUGUAUUUAUGUAAAGUUUAAACAAUCCCAGAAAUGUAUUUAAAAGUCAUACUUGACAAAAUGUCACAAAAGCGCAUGAAUACAUUUUAGUGGGAUUGAGUGUUUUUCUUCUUCAGGUUUGAAUUGUUUGAUCAAAGAUUAAAAAGAAAACAUAUAUUUUGUUUUAUCAUCUCAACAUUCCUGGGUAUUAAUUUUUACAUGUUUCCAAAAUGUUUGUUUCUGUAAAAUUAAUGUUUGUCUGAUCAAAUAAACUUGGGUGAUACUGGAAA